AUGGUGGAAGCUACUGUUCGCAACGCUAUCGCAGCCACUCGACUUGGUGCACUGGGCUACGAUGACGCAGCCCUGUUGCAGCAGUACCGCGAUCAUGGCUACGUGAUCAUCGACGGCCUUCUCUCCUCGGAUCGUACGUCGCCUCUCCACAUCGACUCACUUCGGCGAUGUGCUCACAUUGCAACGCAACUCACGCGCGAGGGACAGUGGCCUCAUCGACGAGUCGUAGGAAACGCUUUCCCUCCAUUCACCAAGGACAAUCGUGACAGUUGGGGCGUGCAGCACAUUAUGAAUCCUCAGCUCGACAUGCUCAUUGAUUCGACAACAACCUCCUUGUCGAGCCAGUUUCAGCAGUUCUACGGCAGCACACCCCUUCUCGAAAUCGCUUCGCUCUUGAUCGGCGCCGAGGUCAACGAGAUGCAGAUGGAGCUGUUCAAUCUGCUCAUCAAUCCUGCAUCUCAUAGCUUUGCGCUGGGCUGGCAUCGAGACGAUAUUCGACCGGACGUGUCCAAAGUUGAAGAACAAGCGCGCUUGGACACGCCCACAUAUGGUGUACAGUUCAAUACCGCGCUGUAUGACGAUGAUUGUCUCUUUAUCGUGCCUGGUACCCAUCGGCGUCUUCGCACCAAGCCAGAGAUCGAAGCCAACAAUGCGAAAGCACCUCCAGCUACGCGGACCGAGGCAACUCAAUCCAACACCGAGCAGCAACAAGGAUUUGCCCCAGAUGGAUCAUGGAUCGGUGUCGAUCCACCCAACACGCUGAGAGUCAAGCUCAAGCCUGGUCAAACGGCGUUUUAUUCGCAAAGAAUCUUGCAUCGUGCUAGCUACCUUCCUAGUGCCAAACGUGCGACACUGCACGGCUGCUUUGGCGAUGCAUCCCAUGGUGGCAAUGGUCCAGCGGAGAGAGCGAGAAAUGUGCUUCAACACGGAGUCGAGUGGAUGCGCGACCCUUGUUUUGGCAAGUCACUGCCAGAUGCUUUGAAGCCGAUGUGGACCAACCUGAUCCGCAUGGACGCCGCCUACGCCGACAAAGAGCUCGGCUUUUCGCUGGACAACAACUAA